AGGCAGAGUCAAGAGCGCAAGAGAGCAGAGAGCAUCGCAGAGCAAGCAGCGAGCCAGCAAGCAGACAGACAGACAGACAGACAAGAUGAAAUCCACAGGGAUGAGAAAGAAACUGUAAAGGAAGGGGGGAAAGCAGCCAAAAAAAAACAGUGGAGCAUGAAGAAUAUAUUUCCAUACAUGCAGAAAUACAUCGACAGCGAGAGCAGAGAAGAGCUGAGCAAUGAAUGCUCAUUCAUAGUUAUAUGUAUAUACUUCCUCCGUACAUACGGAGUUGCUGCUGCUGGCUCCCUUUCGUUGACCCCUUUGUCUCCCCGUCCCGAUGGAUUCACACUCGGCUUCCUUCGAGGACCAAACGAUCCAGAGAGGAGGGGAAGGACUGGCAAAGAGGCCAUCGAGGCUCAUGCUGGGACACCUGCAAGCUGUGAGAAUUAUACAGAGAAUAUCCGUACACUUUCUGUCCGUAUCCAGGCAUACCGACAUUCACCACAGGCUCAGUAUCAAGCUUGGUAA